UCCUUUCCUUUGUAUUCUUUUUAUUUUAUCAUAGGGGAAUUCAGAAAUUGGUUUCAAGCCUGCUCUUUCAGUUUCAGGUGAAAAAAAACUAAAAAAAACUGUGUGGGGUAGAAUUCUCGUUGGUCUCUAACAGUGUUUAUCUGCUGGUUGAGGAAGUGAUUGCAGAGACUUGCAGCUGAACAGAAAGUGCUGUGGUCGCCUCAGUCCUCGUCAAUGCUGUAUUCAUUCUGUCUCAGAGGAGCAAGAUGGUGGCAGUACAAAAGGAUUACUGGUACUUCUUGGUACUCAUGAUGCAGCUCUGUUUUCUAAAAGGCUCCUUUCAGAUGAAAGCCCCAGAAUCAAAAGUCACACUGCAGGAAGGAAUGGUAUUGGACUGCCUGUGUCCGUGGAUUGGCAAGCUCAUUAUGGUCACUUGGACUAAAAAGUCUCUUUCACAACCUCUAGCUGUUUAUCAUCCUCAGUAUGGCUCCAACUAUGAGCUAUCAUAUGACGGCAGAGUGACGUUUCUGAAGUCCAGCGCGAUGGAUGGCAGCAUUUCCAUAAUGAAUGUCACUGAGGGCGACAUCGGCCAGUAUCGUUGCUCUCUGCAGGCUUAUCCUCAGGGUUCAUGGACCAAAGACACAUUUGUCGAAAAAGCAGCAAUCACCACCACCUUCUCUAUUCACCCGGACACUAAUUUGGUGGCCGCAGAGAACGACAACCUGACCAUUAUGUGUGACCUUGUCCAUAGCAGUGAAGUUUAUCAAGUAAGCAUUGAGAAACUGGACACUGAGGUGGGCGGUAGUAAUAUUAUAGCAACAUGUCAGAUGCUAGGAGGUAGUGUGGAGCUGUCUGAGUUCAACAGUAGAGGACUACUGAACUGCAGUGAUGCUAUGGAGGUCAGUCUGCACAUCACCAACAUUGUCAAAGAAGAUGGAGGACUCUACCGCUGCAACUUCAGCACAAACGCCGGUGUCCGGUCCACCACAAUCUUGCUGACCACUCUACCUGCUCAAGAUUUUAGGGGUUUUCAUCACAUGCUUUAUGUGUAUAUUGGAGGAGGGCUGGUUGGUGUCGCUCUGCUGAUGAUUUUAUUACUGACAUGGCUGAACAGGAUGAAAAGGAAGAGAGAGGACUACAGAAUCAAACUGCACCCUGCCAAAAGACAGCGUAACACAUAUGACCAUGGCUGUGUCUAUGACAGGAUGAAAAAAGGGACCAGAAGUGGGGCAGGAGAUAAAGAUAUAUACGUAAACUUUCACAUAGUGAGAGCUCAUGAAAAACACAAACAAAAGAGAUGAGAUAUAGUCCCAUUCUGUAGAGCUCAAAUUGAAAAAUUGGAACUAGCUGGAAAUCAUAAAACACAAAUCAGUGCCAAGAAAUGCUUUUGCACCUGAAUACUAAUGGAUGGAUCAGAGGGGAAAUCACUAAUGCAGAAGAUUAAUGGAGGCAUGCAUAUAAUUUGUCAUUUUAUGAACCACUACUACCAGCAACAUCGUCAUCUUCAUCAUUACAUUAACCAUUCCAGCCUAGCCCUGAACCCAGAUUACAUGACAUUUCUUUGCAUAAUGGUGCUGGAUGUUGGCUGCUCAUGACCACUUUGGGAAAAUGUCCUCUGCUCCUCGGUGAAGUCGGUUUGACAGGUAAUCUUCUUAAGAAGCUUUCUGGAAUGUAUCAAAGCCAGAUAUAAGCCAAGCAUGGUCACUGUGAGCAGAUGCCGAAGCGACACUUUACUUUGAGCGACUCUAAUUAUCAAAUGAUUGGACCUCAGAGGGCUUUUGAGUGGAUGAAUCUUCUCAAGAUCACAUCCUUGUCUCUUGUCUCAGUUUGAGUCCGAAUGCUUUCUCUCCGCAGAAAUGGAAGUACCAGCCUCACGAAUGAAAAUGAGAAAGGAGGAUGUCUUGAACUAGGACAAGUGAACUGACAAUGUUCAGCUUACAGUCGGAAUAUGAUUUGUUUGUGAGAUAUGACUUUAAAUGAUUAAAGAUCGUUCGAGAGUUCAGAUGUGAUGUUUGAGCAAAAAGCACUUAACAUGUGCAGGAAUAAAAGGAAUCACAUUUUGAUGCAUCUACAAAUCAAAAAUUAGGCUUGAUAGGAUUUGGUCUCAAGACACUGUAUUAUGCCUGUAUGAUGUUGUUGAUGUAUGUUCUUUAAGACUCAUAUAAAAAAAAAAAAAAAAAAA